AUGUCUUUGCCUGGAAGCUUGACAGCUUCGGACCAUCAUUCUGGCCAGUCUUCUGAUCUCGACAUCUGCAACCCCAAGAUCGUUCAUCGCAAUCGUCUGCCUGCUCGUUCAUACUGGAUUCCAGAGAAGUCUCUCCUCUUGAAUGGCACAUGGGGCUUUGUCUACAGCCCAACACCCAAGCAUGCACCCCAUCCUAGCUUGUACUCUGAUGGCCUGAGCAGUCUUGUAGAUGCUCUUACGGUUGAUGGCGAAGGUCAAACUGCAGACAUAAAAUGGUCUUCAAUCACUGUUCCAGGGCAUUGGCAAUUGCAGGGCUACGGCAAACCACACUACACUAACACGGUCUACCCUUUCCCUGUGUGCCCACCCUAUGUGCCUACUGAGAACCCCACGGGAACAUACCGUCGCAACUUCUUUGUUCCCUCUUCCUGGUCUGAGGAUUCUCAAAUUCGUCUUCGAUUCGACGGAGUCGAUAGUGCUUACCAUGUCUACCUCAACGGCCAGAAGGUCGGUUAUUCUCAAGGCUCACGAAAUCCUGCCGAAUUUGACAUUACCAAUUAUGUGAACCGCGGAGAAGAUGUCAAUCGUCUCAUUGUCAACGUGUUCCAAUUUUGCGACGGUAGUUACAUCGAAGAUCAAGACCAAUGGUGGCUCUCGGGCAUCUUUCGCGAUGUGCACCUAAUAUGCUUCCCAAGCAAGACCCGGAUCGAAGAUGUUUUCAUCAAGACAGAGCUCGAUGGAGAAUACCGAGACGCAAAAUUGCAUGUUGAGCUGGACCUCACGAUCCACGAAGCAGCUGAGGCAAUGCUGACCCUGCGGAGCCCAAACGGCUCUUCUGUCAUCAACGAGAAGAUACAGCUCUCUGCUGAAUCUCCUCACAGCCCACAUGUGUUUGCUGUAUCGAAUCCUGUCAAAUGGACUGCGGAGGCACCACAACUUUACUCGUUGGAAAUCAAUCUGCUAGACUCGGACUCUGACACUCCUGUUCAGACAGUCAAGCAAAAGGUCGGAUUUAGAUGUGUCGAGAUCAUCAAAGGCAACAUCAGUGUCAACGGCAAACCGAUUUUCCUGAGAGGUGUCAAUCGUCAUGAUCACCAUCCCAUAUUCGGUCGAGCUGUACCGCUGGCUUACAUGAGAAGAGACUUGAUGAUCAUGAAGCAGCACAACAUCAAUGCUCUACGUACUUCUCAUUAUCCCGCAAACCCAAAGUUGUACGAGCUGUGUGAUGAGCUUGGCCUUUGGGUCAUGGAUGAAGCUGAUCUCGAAUGCCAUGGAUUCUUUGAUGCUGUCGAACGACCCCUCAACUUACCUCCAGACAUGGGAUACGAGGAGCGCAAGAAGUACACUUUCGAUAAGGCAGCCAAGUUUACUAGUGACAACGAAGACUGGAAGACUGCUUACCUCGACCGCAUGGUGCAGAUGGUAGAAAGAGACAAAAACCAUCCGUCUAUCAUCAUGUGGUCUCUUGGUAAUGAAGCUUUCUAUGGCAGAAACCAUGUCGCUAUGUAUGAAUGGGCCAAGUCUCGCGAUCCAGAACGUCCGGUUCACUACGAAGGAGAUGUCAAUGCAGCAUCUGCCGACAUGUUCUCCUACAUGUACCCAUCAAUCGAGAAAUUGAUCGGUCACGCGACUGAAGAAGGCGAUGACUUCAAAAAGCCCAUUGUACUCUGCGAAUAUGGACAUGCCAUGGGAAAUGGCCCGGGUCUCCUAGAGGACUAUCAAGCCGCCUUCCGCAAGUAUCGCAGACUCCAAGGUGGCUAUAUCUGGGAGUGGGCGAAUCAUGGUCUUCUCAAGACCGAAGGCGACAAGCAAUUCUACGCAUAUGGCGGAGAUUUUGGCGAUGUGCCAAACGAUGACACUUUCGUCAUGGACGGUCUUCUGUUCAGUGACCAUACACCAACCCCAGGUCUGACUGAGCUGAAGAAGGUCAUCGCUCCUGUUCGAGCUUGGAUUGAAGGCAAGAAGUUGGUAAUCAAGAACGAGUAUGAAUUCAUAACCUUGGGCCAGUUCAUUGCUGAUUACAAGGUCGAGGUUCUUGGUAUACGACCUGACCGUGUUCUAUCUGGUCCGAUUCAACUUCCUCACAUUGAUCCUGGCACCGAGGCCAAGAUCGAUCUACCUGAGGAGAUCUUCAAUGUACAUCGACCCAAUGGCACAGAGGUGUGGUUGACCAUCGACUUCCGUCUCGGAGUUGCGACUCCAUGGGCAGAAGCCGGCCACAGCAUUACAUGGUACCAGACCCGACUCUCUGCAAAAGAUGACGAUUACACCUACGGUAUCGAGCGACCCAUCAUGUCGAGCGCCAUCACCCCUCACGAAACACAACUGCACUACCGAUUCAUCGGCUGUGACUUCCACUUCAACUUUUCUCGAGCCAGAGGAACACUGGUUGAGUGGGUGUACGGCGGCAGAUCUGUACUCAAGAAGCGCGACACACCAGAUGAUCCUCUGCUAGCUCUAGGCUUCUGGCGUGCACCAACCGACAACGACGCCGUGGGCAUGAGCAAAGAGUGGAAACGCUACGGUCUCGACUCCAUGACACCCCAACUGCGCAGCUUCUCGCUUGAAGACAAUGGUCCCGAUAAAGCUCGCCUCACCGCUGUAUACUACUACAGCCCACCAGUACUAGCCUGGGGCUUCACCGCAAAAGUAACCUACGAGAUCUCUUCCGCAGGCCAACUCUCCAUCACCAUCCAUCUAACACCACAAGGAAACGCUCCAACCACCCUCCCCAGAGUAGGUCUAAACCUCCAACUCGACUCCUCCUUCAAACAAGCAACCUGGUACGGCAAAGGCCCCGGCGAAUCCUACAGCGACAAAGCAACUUCCCAACAACUAGGAAUCUGGAACUCUACAAUUCGCAAGCUCCAGACCCCCUACGAAGUGCCCCAAGAAAAUGGCAAUCGUAUAGAGACUCGCUGGGUCAAGGUGUUGAAUGAACAAGGCUUGGGAAUUAAAGCUACGUAUAUCCCUCGUCCCAAGGAAAAAGAGUUUUUCCAGUGGGCGUGUUGUUUGCAUGAUGCAAAGGUGUUGGAGGAAGCCAGACAUCCUUGUGAUUUGGUGGAGAGGGAAAGUCCGUUGUGGAGGUUGGAUGCUGAUAAUGCUGGUGUUGGCACUGCGGCUUGUGGUCCUGGUGUCAAGAAAGAAGAUCAAGUGGAGUGUAGAGAGAGGGAGUUUACUUUUGUGCUCGAGCCUGCUAUAGACUUUUAG